AUGUGGGCUCUGUCUUUGAUGCGGCCACUAAUCCUUACUAUAAAGUAUUUCCAUCCUAAGCUGGAACCAGCCGUGAAAUUGAGCAGUGCGGGUCUCAUUUAUGCGCACUUCGGUAAAAGAGUAAUCACCGAGAUUGCUGGGAAGUUGAAUUCCGAUGAGGACUUGGAAGCGCUAUUUAAACGGGUAUGCUACCGGCACUUCAGUUCUUUCGAAAACCUGUAUAAGGAUCUUAUUAGUGAAGUGGAUGCGAUUGACAAUGGUGUACGGUCCACCAAAGUAAACUCUUAUUUUGUUAUAAAUGGAAUCACCUACUGUAUUGCAACUGCAAUAUGUACUCGAGUGGCACGUCUUAAUCCAAACCGGACUAGAGACGAAAAUGAAAUCCAAUGCUUCCUUAAGGCGCUUGCCCUGGUCUCUGACGAAUUGGUUACAAAUGCCAGGCGUAUAGUAGACGAUUGGCUACCGACUAAGACCAUUGUGGAGGAUGCUUUUAAGUCACGUUUUUCUGUCCACCACUCUGGAAUGAUUGUAAAACUGACCACAAGCUGCCCAUGGAUGGAACAUAUUUAUGACCUUGAAAAAGAAGAAAAGGACAUCACACAGACAGCUGGCCCACUCCCUUUUAGUGGGCGACCCAUCUUCAUUUUCAGGCCUGGUACCAGGGCAUCUUGUGUCUUUGGUAUUUCACACAGUGAAGAUCAGCCCUUCGUAUACCGGGUUUUAUUUCCGGAGUCGUGGGCUGGCAAAGAAGGUUAUGAAAUGGACCGUGCCGUCGGUAUUAGUGGCUGCAUUUUUGCCCACAGCGCCCGCUUCAUGGUCAAACACAGGACUCCGGAUGGAGCCCUUAAAAUGGCCGAGUUCGCUCUAAAGGCUGCUGUUUACUUGUAA